AUGUUGGAUAUUAAUGCCUUUUUAAUUGACAAAGGGGGUGACCCAGAAAAGAUCAAGGCCUCCCAAAAGAAGCGUGGCGCUUCUACAGAGUUGGUGGAUGAAAUUAUCGCUGAUUAUAAGACCUGGACGACGGUGAGAUUUGACUUGGAUCAAAACAAUAAGGCAACUAAUAAGUUACAAAAGGAGCUUGCUGCUAAGUUUAAAGCCAAGGAGGAUGCUUCUGAACUUCUCAAAGAAAAGCAAGAUUUGGCUGAUGCCAAAAAAAAGCUAGUCGAAGCCGAAGCCGAGGCUGAGAAAAAGUGGAAGGCCAAAUUGAAUAAUGUUGGCAAUAUUGUUCAUGAGUCAGUUGUUGAUUCAAUGGAUGAAGAAAACAACGAACUUGUUAGAACUUGGAAGCCCGACACAUGCAUUGAGAUCGGCAAGGUUGCCGCUUGCACUGGUGCUCCAGCCAAAUUAUCUCAUCAUGAAAUUUUAUUAAGACUUGAUGGGUACGAUCCUGAACGCGGCGUACGUGUUGUUGGUCACAGGGGUUACUUUUUGCGUAACUAUGGGGUAUUCUUGAAUCAAGCUUUGAUCAAUUACGGCUUGUCCUUCUUGGCCAAGAAUGGUUACAUUCCUUUACAAGCUCCUGUAAUGAUGAAUAAGGAAGUGAUGGCAAAGACUGCCCAGUUGUCACAAUUUGACGAAGAAUUAUAUAAGGUCAUUGACGGUGAAGAUGAAAAAUAUUUGAUUGCCACCUCAGAACAACCUAUUUCUGCCUACCACGCUGAUGAAUGGUUCGAGGCUCCAGCGGAGCAAUUGCCUGUGAGAUACGCUGGCUAUUCGUCGUGCUUCCGCAGAGAGGCAGGGUCUCAUGGCAAGGACGCUUGGGGGAUCUUCAGAGUGCACGCUUUCGAAAAGAUUGAGCAAUUCUGUAUUACCGAACCUGAAAAAUCCUGGGAAGAAUUUGAUCGGAUGAUUUCUUUGUCGGAACAAUUUUAUCAAUCUCUUGGUUUACCUUACAGGGUAGUUGGCAUUGUUUCUGGUGAAUUAAACAACGCCGCUGCCAAGAAGUAUGAUUUGGAAGCUUGGUUCCCUUUCCAAGAAGAGUACAAGGAGUUAGUGUCAUGCUCGAAUUGCACCGACUAUCAAUCCAGAAAUUUGGAGAUUAGAUGUGGUAUCAAGCAGAAGAAUCAGACCGAGAAGAAGUACGUUCACUGUUUGAAUUCAACUUUGAGUGCCACUCAGAGAGCUUUGUGUUGUAUUUUGGAGAACUACCAGAAAGAGGAUGGUUUAGUUGUUCCCGAUGUUUUGAGAAAGUACAUUCCAGGUGAGCCUGAAUUUAUUCCGUUCGUUAAAGAAUUACCCAAAAAUUCUACAUCGCAGAAGAAGAAGUGA